AUGUCGGUAACCUAUGUGACUGCUGCUUUCAAAUCAAAUAAACAAGAUGAAGCCUAUAUUUUCAUGAAAAACGAGUAUAUGCUAAUUGACUAUGCACCUGGUGAGAAAGAUGACAAGAUAUUGAAUGGACCAGCUCGAAUAGGAGAUGUGUUUUCAUCCCUGAAGGAUACAGUCUUCGCGGACAAGGGAAUUGACUGUGCAUUCGCGUCUGAAGAUGAAGGAGUGUCAUACAUAUUCUCAGGUAACAUUUGUGCGAAAUGGCUCUGUGCACCAGAUUUCCCCAACCAAAAGAUUCUUGAAGGGCUAAAGCCCAUCGGCGAGAUGUUCCCUUACCUGAGGGGGACAGUGUUUGAACAUGGGGUUGAUGCUGCAUUCGACUCAUCGGUUCCUUUUGAGGCUUACCUCUUCAAGGACAGUCAAUAUGCUCGCAUCAACUACAGUAAUAUUGGUCACCUCAUGACCAUCACUUCCAUCAGACAAAACUGGCAUUGUUUGAGAGACACAAUGUUUGAGAAUGGAUUUGAUGCUGCUUUCGCUUUACAUAUUCCAAAUCAGGCCUACUUAUUCAAGGGUGAUUCGUAUGGACGUAUCAAAUUUACUCCAGGCUCCGCAACUGAUGAGGAGCUUAUGUGGUCCGGAAGAAUUGAAGAUUCAUGGAAGGGUUUAGGUAGCAUCUUGCCUCGCAAGAAUUGAACAAUAUGUUUACUCUUUUCUUCUAUGUUGAGAAAGGGC